AUGACUGUCACAGCGCCGCUCCCGCUUCUUCUCUUUGCGCUUGUUGUGGCUCGCCACUUGAGCGCUGGUCAAGACGUAGUGGCGGUGGUGACGCCUUCUCCUCCUGUAGCACUUGUAGAUACGUCAGGGCCCAAUGCCACGCGCGAGGCAGCAGUACCUCUUGCAGUCGACCUGCUGCUGCCGCCCAUUCACACGGCUUCGCCUGCGUCUUCGACCUUCCAAGUCGUAGCCGACGUCGUGUGCAACGCCACUGAGACGCAAAAGCUCUACGCCCUCUACGGCCGCAAUCGGGCGCUCUUUGACCUGUGCGUCACGGACGCGCGGUACCACGUCUUCCCCUUCCUCGGCACGAAACCUUCGGCCGAGCAAGUGGCCAACAUGGCGUCGUCCAUGUCCUGCGUCGCACUCUUCUCGGGAGCGCUGCUGGCCACGUUCCCCGAAUGCACAAUCUCGGGCUUCCCGCUGAAAGCAGCGAUGGAGACCGUGUUGAAAGUCCACGUCGACCUCGUGCACGGGUGGGCCCCACCUCCAACCGCAGAGCGGUUCCUCGAGAUAAUCACGUGGCGGAAGUGUGUCAACCUCGCGCGAGAAGUUGGGGCACCGAGUGACGCCGACUCGGAGUUGUACGGGCAGUUUGAGACGAACCUGGCGCUGCUUUGCACGGAUAGCCCCGUGCGACUGCUGCCGGACUAUCGUCUAGAGUACCAGCUCGGCAGUGGUUCCUGGCACGGAGCCGAAGAGAUCAAGUCCGCGCAAGUUGGGGACACUCGGCAAGGCAGUCGCGACGGUGUCGUGGCCACUGUCUCACCUGGGGACAGUGACUUGAACGUGGGCGACCGCGAAGCUACGGACGUCACGAGGGAGUCGACAAUUGCCGAGAGUGGCUGUGCACCAAAGAGUCGAGUGAGUAGUAGUGGACUUGCGUCGGCUCUAGUAAGUGCACUGCUAGGCGUGUACCUCGUAGGCAUAAGCUAA